AUGGUCUACUCAACAGACGCCGCCAAGUGGAAGGCCUACGAAUUCAGCGACCCAUUCGCUGCCGGGUCGUUCUUUGUCUGCAACAAGAUCAACAAGUUCUUUUGCCGCCCAGACUGUGACGCCCGUCCUAUCACAAACUUGAAGUCGGAAAUCAAGUUUGUCGAACACCCCACACAAGCCAUACAGUUGGGCUACACUCCCUGCGAGUCAUGCGACCCUGUCAGCUCGCCAUGCAUUGAUGUGCAGUUGUUGAUAAAAUGCGUGGCCCACAUCAACCAGCAAAUCGGGUUCAUGCCUCCUCUUUUGGACGUCAACGAGGACAGAAACAACCAGAGAAUCAAGGCCAACAUCAUUGAGUCCAAGCGCGCCAAUGAGGAGCAAAUCUUGAACACCAUCAAUAACGCCGCCCCCGGCUCCAGCAGAAGAUUGUCGUUGCCCGUGAUCAACAUGGACGGCAAGUUUUCCAAGGACACCACCUCGUUGUCCAAAAACGACUCUGACCACUACCGCUUGGUGGACUUGGCCUGCAGACACUUGGCAUUGGCUGCAGCCAUGAGCAUCUACCAGACGUCAUCCUCCAAGAACCCUUCCACUCCGGAGGAGGGCAACAGCCCCUCCUCGCCUUCGGCUUCCAAGAGAAGAAGAAGAAGGGGCGGUGUUUUGGGCUUCAAGGAAUUGGCAGCCAAGUCCAAGUUGUCGGCUUGGCACUUCCACAGGGUGUUCAAGUCCGUGACGGGCUUGACGCCAAAGACUUAUGGUGAUAAAUGCUGGGAAUUUAUCAAGAAGCACAAGGAGUCUGGCAAGCACUCGCUCUUCUCUUCGUCGCCCGAAGACCGCAGCAGCACCGUGGCUACUGCCGGAGUCAAGACUCCUUCGCUUGGCUACCAAACUCCUGCUUCCAGCACCCACAGCAUGAGUGAAUCCGUGCCCACCUCGCCAGAAUUCGCCCUCCCACCAUCCAAGAGAGUCAAGAUCGAGUCUCCCGAUCAAGUUUCGCCUGGCUCCAAGGCCAAUGGCUUCAAUGUGGUCAACCAGUACGACAACCUCGGAGCGCAGCUCAACCAGCCCUUGGACUUCAACGACGUGUUGACUCCAGCUCUCGACGAGACCAAGAACCAGUACCCAAUUCCCCAGCAGGCCACGUUUGAGUUCAACCAGCCCUUGUUCAACAACAACUUCAACAUGUUCGAAUCGCAGAUGUCCAACAACAACUACACCAGAGCCUUUUCGGUGCCUGACUUGACCAAGUUUAAUAGAGAAUACCCAUCCACGUUGUUUGGUCACACCCAGAAGCUCGAGGAAGCCCAGGACAAGGCUGUCAAGCAGGAAACCACCUCGCCUUUGCUCAGCAACAUUUCUCCUUCGGUGGAGGAGGCCAUUCUCGGCAACAUCGACGUCAAUCUCAACAGCACUCCCGACAUGGUGAACAACUUCCAGCCUAACCAGGUGGACGAUUUCACCAACAUGAUGGCCGAGCUCGACACCAACAUGCCUAUGCCUGCUGACGACUACAACAACUUCGGCUUGCAGAACCUCUCGCCUGUGCUUGGCAUCAACCAAGGCAUCGAGAUGAACAACUUCAAUGCUGGCUACGGUGCAGGUUUGCGCAACGACAACGGAUUGGCAGAAAUGUUAUCCACCACGGUUACUGAGUUAUAG